AUGGACCGGGUCCAAGUGUACCCAGAUGGCGAGCUGGCGGUCACCGCAGUGACGUCACCCGGCGUCACCCCGGCGGCCGGCUCCGCCGCCGCGCGCCGCGGAUCGCCGCUGCGCUCGUCGUCAUCGAUGGGCAGCGCCGCCAUGGCGGCGGGGUACGCGGCCGCUUACGGGGCGCCGACCGGCGCGCGGCUGCCGGGUGGAGGGAGUCCUAUGCACCACCAGCAGCAGCAGCAGCAGCAGCAGCAGCAGCAGCAGCAGCAGCGCGCGCCGUCGGGCCAUUCAACACUGACGGUGUCGGCAAGGGCGGCGGCAGGGGCGGCGGCGGGGGCCGAGGGUGGUGCCCAGGCGCGGCAGCUGCUGGAGGCGGUGCAAGGGCUGAGCGCGGCUGAGGUGGCGGGCAUUGAGGGCUUGGCGGCGCACGCAGCGGCCCAUGGCGGCGCGGCGGUGGCGCCCCGCCAGGGUGCGGCUGGGGCGGCGGCGGCAGCGGCGGAGGCGGGCGCGGGGAGGAGGCCGGGGGGCGCGCUUGAGCGGGCGCGGGCGCAGAUGGAGCGGCGGCGCUCGAGCGCGGCGGAGCGUGAUGGCGGCCGGCAGGGGUGA